ACUUGUUAAACCCUAAACCCUAAUCUGCCGCCAUAAAAGACCUCUUCUUUCAGCUCAAUUCACCUAGCUGCUCUGCUCCCUCUCUUCUUCACCACUGAACCCUUCCAGUGAAAGCGGUUGCACUCCUUACCUUCGAAGAUGAGGCCACCUCAAAGAGGUCGUGGAGGCAGUGGGUUUAGGGGUAGAGGUGAUGGAGGAGGCAGAGGCAGAGGUAGGGGUGGAUUUGGAAGAGGUGGAGGUGACAGAGGGAGUGCCAUGACAGGCCGCGGUGGUGGGCGCGGUGGACGUGGUGGCGGGAGAGGCCGCGGUGGCGGGAGAGGUGGGAUGAAGGGUGGAAGCAGGGUUGUGAUUGAGCCUCAUAGACAUGAAGGGAUCUUCAUUGCCAAGGGCAAGGAAGAUGCUUUGGUCACGAAAAACAUGGUCCCUGGAGAAGCUGUCUACAAUGAGAAGAGAAUCUCUGUUCAGAAUGAAGAUGGAACAAAGGUUGAAUACAGAGUCUGGAACCCUUUCCGUUCGAAGUUGGCUGCUGCUGUUCUUGGUGGUGUUGAUGAGAUCUGGAUUAAACCCGGUGCUCGUGUUCUCUAUCUGGGAGCUGCUUCAGGCACCACAGUUUCCCAUGUAUCCGACAUUGUUGGCCCAACUGGGGUUGUUUAUGCUGUGGAGUUUUCCCACAGAAGUGGAAGAGAUCUGGUUAACAUGGCAAAGAAGAGAACAAAUGUUAUCCCCAUUAUUGAAGAUGCUAGGCAUCCUGCCAAGUACCGUAUGCUGGUUGGGAUGGUAGAUGUGAUAUUCUCAGAUGUUGCUCAGCCUGAUCAGGCACGAAUCUUGGCGUUGAAUGCUUCCUAUUUUCUGAAGGCUGGUGGUCAUUUCGUGAUCUCAAUCAAGGCAAACUGCAUAGACUCCACAGUGCCAGCAGAGACGGUAUUCGCCCAGGAAGUGAAGAAGCUACAAGCAGAGCAGUUCAGGCCUUCGGAGCAGGUCACCCUUGAGCCCUUCGAGCGAGACCAUGCUUGUGUUGUUGGGGGAUACCGUAUGCCUAAGAAACAGAAGCCCGUUGCUUAGAUUAGAUGCGGACUUUAGCAAUUGCUAGAAAAGUGACUGUUGUUGAGUGUGUCCAUUUGGGCAUUUAUUCGGUUUUGUAAGGAUGAUCUCUGCAGUGAUGAAACUAAAACAUAUUUUUGUUGUUGGCAAUUGCUUUUGCGUAAUGGGUUUUUGGAACGCGACAUUGAAAGGCUCAGGAUGAAAUUUACCAGUUAAA